AUGGCGAUGUGCCGCACGGCGCCGGCCAACUCCUCCUGCUUCCACCCCCGCGCCGUCGCCAGCUCGCCAUCCUCUCUCAGCGUGGGCACCAAGGUCUUCGUCGGGGUGAAGGCGCAGACCAGGCUCGGCUCGUCAGAGUCGUCGUGCCCAAACGUCAAUGCCCGGUUCUACACCGCCGUCAACCGGAGGGUCUCCCUUGGGUACGUAUACCUUACACCAUGCAUGGCGUUAUAUGAUACCAUGCUAAGCCUAAAGAGUCCAUUUGGUACCCAUUGCCUGGGCUUUGCAUUCAACCUGGCAGGAUUCAUUCUUGCAGCUGGUCAAAAGGGUUCACGUACUGGUAUGCCUCUUUUUCGUGUUUCACUUCAGUCACCUGCUAUAGCAGCUCGAGGCCAGGCUGACGAUAUAGGAAACGAAUCAAACGAACUUAAUCGGAUCAAGAACUAUCUUUAUGGCAAGCUAGCAGAGCACACGGGUCAUUCUGUUGAAAAGUUAGCUUUCAGUUACUCUGUAAAAGCCUAUUAG